UCCACCACAGGACUCAGCUUCAAAGCAGGAAAAUUCAAUGUGACCACAACUUUGAGUCUGUUUGCCUGUAAGAAUGUUUCUUUUGAGGAGCCUUUUCACGGUGGACAAGAAAUUAAAAUCUUCAUUUCUAAAAGCCACGCAGCGGAAGGUUUUACUCGAGCUAGUGGAAAUGGCGCAGCAAUUUGGGUGGAAUCUGUGAAUAACAAGGCAUUUACUGUCUGUGUUUUGGAGUACGGAGAUGGCUCAAGUGGCGCUUCGCAAGUGAACUGGAUGGCGCUGCAAUCUGUUCCUACUGGCGCUCAACUAGGCACAACUUCUUUAAACGCCUGGACUACUGGAACAAAGUGUAAAAGAAUCGCUUUUGAAAAGGUUCGAUUAGUUCAGUUUUUGAUAUUUUUUUUGUAAUUUUAUUUCGUUUGUCUCCUUCAGCCUUUCACUUUAUACUCGUUAUUUCAUGUCUAUUCAUAAAAAGUGCUAGAGCCAUGCCCAAGUUUCAGAGUGUUUGACAACGUUGUUGUUGUUGCUAGGCAGGUGCUGUGACGUGUUUUCUUAGUAUUACCUGUUAUGUCAUCUUACAUUUUUCCGUGUUUGUCAUAUUUCUUGAAGAGAUGAAAAGUUUGAUUGAUAGACUGGGAUAACCUCAACAGAAUAGUGUUAUGUUUAUCAGUUACCGUGACGUCAUUAAUGUGGCGGCCAUAUUGGCUGCCAUCUUGAAUUUUAUUUUUUGCUAAAAUUUGUCUUAAUGACAUAAAAUUUGAGAAUUAAGUUUGAAGCAUGCUAUAAUCAAAUAUUUUUCUUUUUUGGAACUAUGCUAUGUGUAAUAUUUUUACAAAGAAAGUAACGCGCAUUUUUCUUAGAAGUGGCUUAUCCUUAUGCUUUUUAUGACGUCAUGUCUUGUUACCAUAGCAACCUUCCAUCACCAAAUUUGAACGGAAUUUGCCCUAGGAAUAAAAUGAGCAGUUACUGGAAAGAAAAGGCUUUGGCUGAAAAUCUGUUUUGAAAAUAUUGGGCAAAACCUGUGCGCUUCUACCAAUUCAAUUGAUGUUAAAUUUCACUGUUCUAAAUCUUCAAUCUCUUUCUUGUUCUUUAUUUUUUUGACAGAGAAGAACAAAUUAAGAACAAGAAGGAGAUUAGAAUGUAGAAAAAGAAAUAGAGGAGAAAAGAUAGGGCUUUAAAGGACCAGGAAGAGUAAACUGAAGCAGCUCAAGAAGAAAAUAUAGAGAAAAUUAGAUCAAGAAAAUAGAACAACUUUUGAGAAACAAAAGGGUCAAGUAAAUAUAUUACUUAAAAUAACAGGCUAAUGAAAAGAUGAGAAAUAAAUCAAGAGUUGAAGAAACUGAAAAAAAAAAGCAGUUAACUUAUAGUUCAUGUCCGAGUGAAAUAAACUUGCAGGUAUAGAUUUAUUUACAAAGGAUGCUGGGGAAAAAAGAAGGAAGUAAUAGAAGGGUUUAAAAAGUCAAAAAAAAAAAAAAACACUGAAACAAAUUAUGGUUUGGUUUUCUUGAUUGUUUUGUUACUUUUUUUGUCUGUUUUUCUGAUUUUCGUAUCUUGACUCUUUCUGACUACUAAACAUGGCCAAAGAAAAAUGAUUACAAAAACAUCCAACUUUCUUUUGUAAAAUCCUAAGAAAUAUUUGAUUAAUCUAUGCAAGACUCUCAUAAAAAAGUUCCAUUGAAAUAGUGACACUUCAGGGCUUCGUCCACAAAUUUAAGAGUUGGAGUAUGAAAAUAUCACGCCAUAAUGUGGUCUAGGAAUAAAGGGGUUAAUUUUUUUUUAAAUACAGUGAAACCUGUAUUAAGCGGACACCCUCGAGGAAUGCUGUAGUGUCCGCUUAAUACAGGGUGUCCGCCUAAUACAGGUUUCGACAGAUAGCGCCAUAUGAGGUGUCAAAUGCCAUUUAAAUGAACAGUGGGAAGGUUAAGAAUACUCCCAGAGAUUUUGACGAUAUACGUUUGCAUUAAUUUCUUUAUCAAAGUGGGCCAGUUGAUCAUAAUACCAUAAACAUGCAUUGCAACUCAAAUUUGAAGAAAUCAGAUGAGUGAAACAAGCUCUAUACAAACAAAACGAAAUAGAAAACAAUACUGUACUGUGAAACUAAUCAAAUAUGUUCGUCAAGUCACGUUUUUUACUGUAAAAAUAGAAAAAUUUGUGGGUGGCAAUUCGAGGCAAUCUUCGCAUUUCCGGUGUCUGGCAUGUUGGGUGGUGGAAUUUGAUUACAAGUGUCCGUUUAAUACAGGUUGGUAACAAUAGAAAUGACCAUUUCAUCGAAUUUCAGGUUCUUUUUAGGUGUCCGCGUCCGCUUAAUAGAGGUGUCCGCUUAAUAAAGGUUUCAUUUAAACCAAAUAAGGGAAAUAACUUUUGGGACUUCGGCUACUGUCCGCUUAAUACGGUGUCCGCUUAAUACAGGUUUCACUGUAUUUAUUUCAUUUAACACUCCACUUUACCUGCCCUCGAUCAGUAACAGUGCUGCUUUCCAUGGUAGAACUUACAGUUUCUCUUGUUUGUCAUCUUUGUUCCUUGAAAAUAUUUUAUGGAUAAUAUCAUUUGUUCGUAUUUUUCCUCUUUCAGCGUUUCCAGGCUCUCCCGAAUAUCUUUGUCACUGUUCGUCACCAGGUUCUUAAAAGACCUCAAGACGCUUUGGCCCUGUGGGUAGAUGACUUGCGCAAGGACAGUUUUAAACUCUGCGCCAGAGAAAUUAAGAGUUUUGAUGGAAUUCACAAAAAUAUCAAAGUCGUAAGUAAUAACCCAGAUAAUUGCUUUCUUCGAAAACUAACUGUUUUGUUAGUAGUGGUGUCUUUUGGAACUAAGUAGUAUAGAAAUGUGCGAACUCGUAACCACAGAACAAAUUUUAUGCACUGUUAUGUUGGUAUUUUCAUUAACACCAAUAUAGAUUGUUUUUCGCACAGAACAGUAGGCAAAACUCUACAAUAGCUUAUUUAAAAUUGCCACUCCUCUGUAUCGUCAUACCUCGUAACCGUAGAAACUUUUUCAACAAAAUUCGUAAAAAUGUGGCUGAGGAAGAAAUGAACGUUUAAUGAAAACGUUGAAGCUCGAUUAUUUUUCUAUCUCAUCAAUCCCCCCCCUUCUUAUGCAUUUGAAAGCAAAGCAAAAAUUAAAUAAGUGGCGUUGUUGUGUACCCUUGCUUUGCUUUCUUCUUGGUUUGAAAGCGUAAUGACAGAAGAACAAGUGUUACAUUUAUAGGCUCAAAAAUUCUUGCGUCUUAUAUAUCUUUACCUCUUCCCUGCAGGAUUGGAUGGCUUUUACCAAAUUGAAGACUGACAAUUUCACCUUGACUGAUAGUCUCGUGUUUACAAACAACAACUCACCAUCAAACAAACAGGACAACAACGCUAUUUGCCAGGUAGUGCCAUUUGACUCGUGUUUUAAGGCUUGCCUCAAAAAAUUUGUGGGCUUUAAUUUCAAGUAGAAAGAUUUCUCUCAUCUUCACUUGGGAAGCAGUUUCCUAUCCACUCUUGAUGCUAUUUGAGGCGGUUUUCAUUGUCUGUCUACGUCACGUGACCGGCAUUGUUCUUGUAACGGUCAAAAUGUUUGACCGAAAAUGGCGAAUACUUAGUCAAACUGUAUUCUCCUUAUUUUAUCGUUUUUCUAUGGCUUCUAGCCAGAGCUUUAGAGUGCGAGCUUUUAAUUAUGUCCAUGCAUGUUUUGUCGGAAACCGUCAAUUAAGAGUCAGGUCACGCGACUUAACAAACAUACUAGGAACUUAUAAGGUAUAGAAUGAAUACCGUCUUAAAAGGCAGAAUCGUGUCAACAACCAUCAUCUUUAGACCAUUUUGACGUCUAAAAUUUUCGAAUGUUUGAUAUGCAAAUGUAUCCAAUUUAAAGAAACACGUUUUGUGACGUCAUCAAGAGCGGAAAAUCACGUGACGCUAUAUAACACUUCUAUACGAUCAAACAAGUCAAAUGUUAAUUCUUCAAGUUUCACAACUGAAACAAACUUAUUCUUAUUCUGCAAACGUGAUUUCUUAAAACUCUACUGGGGGUCCUCUAUAUUAACAAAUCCAAGCCUUGAUGCACUCGAGUAUGGCGUUCAGCAUUGAACACUGCUGUUUUCUUCUUUCCUCUACUUGUUUCUGUUAUUCCAAUUAUAGCUCACUAGAUAAUAUCUUUGAAUAUAUUGUAUCCUUUCAAAAGAAAAAGUUCCAUUUUCCACCUGUAUUUAGUUGGUAGGAGGAAUGAGAAAAUGGAUGUUAAGGUAGUUUUUCUUGGAAAGUGAUUACCUAUUUCUUAUGCUAUUUAUUUUUUAUCUUGGUUUUAGAAAGUCAAGUUCCAGGAUGCUUUUUAUGCCCCUCCGGUUGUAGUGGUAUCUCCAAGACUUGGUUACAAUAACAACAAUUCACGUUUCUCAGGAUCCGCACCAUGUAACUUAGUUACUGCCUGGGUUGAGGUUAGAAACACUUAGUCUGCCUAUUCUUCUUUGUGGUUCUAAUAGGGAGAAUUUGUUUAAAAUUAAAGAAAUGUUGUUUUUACCGUUGUCCUUAUACUCACGUUAAAAACUUAGAUUUUUCCAACGACGUGUAGCUGGGUAUGUAAAGCGAAUGAAGGCUAUUUAACUGGUUUCUCAUUUUCUUAUAAUUAUGGCAAAUAGCCUUCUUCAAUGAUAGUACAUUAAGCUAUUUUUACGAAUAAUAAAAACAGGCUUUCCGCAAAGGAAACACUUAUAAGAACUUUUGUGCAGACUUGUGCUUUGGAAACUGAUUUUUUUUAUAGUUUUGUACUCGUUUUGUUCUUUAAAACAAAGGUGUAAGAUUUAACAGGUGAUCAUGAAUUGUUUUAACAAUUCAUGAUCAGUAUUCGUUAUUUCUUACUGUACUUGCACUAACCCUUAGUUUAACCAUCAGUAAAUCGACAAGUCAGCUGAAAUUUGAAAAAAAAAAGAUAUUGUAUGACUUUUUUUGUUUUACUAAGAUAACAUGAACAGGUUUACUCUGGUUCAACAAAAUACUAUAUUUUGUUAAAUGUGAACUUAAAGUAUUUCUUUCGUUAUUUUGGAAUAUGCUUAGAAUACAUCUACAAACGAAACAGAAGUGUGUGUGAGAAGCUACAACAAUGACGCCAACGAUAAGGAUAUCAUAAAGGUCGAUUAUAUGGUAAUUGGAGGUACGUAAUAAAUUGUGUAACGUAAAAUGAGGGAACAACAAUGACUUUUAUCUGUAGACAAUCACGGUCCUCUCCUAACAAUUAUACAUAAAAGCGAUUAACUGUACAAUACAAAAAUGUAUAUUUCGAUUAAAUUUUAUCCUAAAUUAAAGUUCUUUUCCUUUGUUUCAAAUCAUUCAGAUUAUACAUUACUAGCUAGGCCCCAAAACAAAAGAAACUGAGAUUAAAGGCUAGAUAUAGGUUAAAAUUCAGCAAUAUUCGACAGACAUGGAAGCGCUCUUGUGCUUUAGGCUGUGUUCACAUUAUAACGGAUAGCUUUCGUGGCGCCAUGAGAAGCCAUCCGGUAUAGUGUGUGAACACCUACAUGUAUCCAACAUGUGACCCUACACUUUAGAGAUCUGCGAGGCACAUCCUCUCUUUGUCACAGAAAUCACACCGCCACAACCGUUUUUUUUUGUGUGAACAGAAGCCCAAUCCGAUAUGAUUUUCGUGGCGGCGCACAAGCUAUCCGGUAUACUGUGAAGAUAGCCUUAACUUUUAUCCUCUGGGGAGGAGGGGGGGGGUACUGCCAUAUAUGGGCUAUAUAGGUAUGUGCCGCUUUUCAAGCAGUUUACUCUAGGAUAGGGUAUAUAAAUCAGAGCGUUUGGGUCUAGAAUAGGGUAUCAUUUUUCAGGAAACUGAUCAUUUGGUUGAAGAUUUUAUCUAGACCAGGGAGUCCACCAGGGAAACAGCCACUCUAGGAUAGCGGGGAUUUGGAGAGUUUACUCUAGUAUAGGGUAGCAAAAUUCAGCUGAACUAGCUCUGGUAUAGGUUAAGGGUUCCAGGAUCCCAGCGGCACAUCCCCUCCCAGAAAUUCCUAAAGUACCCCUCCCCCCUCCCGGGCCUUUAUCCAGUUCCCUGAUGAAAAAAAAAUUCCAGGCUGUUUUAUCUAUUGACGAAUUCGAAAUGAAUGAAUCGGAAAUGAUGCCAUCCGAUUCCAACGCUUGUAUGUUUGUCUUUUAGACUUGGAUCCUUGUAUAGAUGUAACAUGUCAUUAUCACAGUCUGUGUAAGGCUUUUGGACCUAAUGAUGCACGCUGUGUGUGUGUUGACCGCUGUCCAACUUACAAAGAACCCGUAUGUUCAUCCAAUGGCACAACAUACGACAACAAAUGUCUGUUUGAACAGGAAGUUUGUCUCAAUCGACUAAACUUUACCGUACAACAUCCUGGCAGCUGUGAAGGUCAGCAGUUUCGUUGCCUUUUUUGUAAUGGCCAACGUGCACCUUUUCACUGAAUCCUGUUAACCUUGUUGAACAGAUAGUAAAAUUUUCUUUUACUUCAUUUCGGUUUACUUUCCCAAUUCUUGGGCGGGAAAAGUUGUUGCGCCAACAAGGGAUUUAAGUUUGUUUCUAUAAACCUAUAACUAACCUUUCCAACUCCUUUUUAGGAUUUCCUCUUCAGCGUGGUCGCCUUCACAUGGCCCAUAUUCCAUCUCUGGGUUAUUCUCACUGUCAAGUAAUUAGUUUCGAACCUUUUGUGUUUUAUCCUGACAAAUCCAUUGAAGUGCAGAUAACUGUCAAUCAUAUGGAUACCAGUGACAAAUCGUAUGUCCAUGACGCGGCGGUAUCGUGGAUUGAAAAUGUCAAUAACGGCGGAUUUACUGCCUGUGUGAUGGCAGCCGGAUAUAACGAACGAAAGUCAUAUGCUAACGUGACAGUUGAUUGGAUGGCGUAUCAAGGUGCUCCAAUGGGUGGCGUGACUGGUGAACUGCGCAUGUCACAGUGGUGGACAGGGACGACUUGUGCAACUGUCAAAUUCCCCACUGUAAGUUGCCCUGAUCUAUUUCUGAACGUUCUCUUUUUCAAAGCUUUUAUGGUUAUAAACAUCAUUCACGACAGUUGAACGUUUGGAAGUCUUGUCAAAUUACAGUUCAGAGUGCUUUAUAGUUGUGAGAAAAUGCUAAACAUUACAAUAGUUAAGGAAAUGGAAUAAAAUAUAUAUAAAGUGAUCGUUCUUUCACUAAUUAACCACAUUUACCUAUCUAACUGUGUUCGAAGAAGUGAAACAUAACGUUCAAACUGCCGCUUUUAAUAACUUUGCUGAAUCUAUAAAGAUCACCAUUCUUUCUUUGAAUUGUUAAUAAAGUGGAUAAACGGAGAAAUAAAAAAUAAAGAAAUAAAUAAGAACAGAUGAUAAUAAUUUUAAAUACAAGCAUUUUAUCAGAAUGACAAUUUUUCUGUGCUAUUUGCAGACGAAAUUUUCAGUCAAACCUUCAGUCUUUGUGACGUCAAAGCAUUACAAUCCAGGACUAAAACGUGACGCUGCAAGUGUAUGGAUUGAAGAUGUAACAAAAUCAUUUUGUAAAGUUUGUAUGAGAGAACUGCAGAAUUAUGCUGGAUCGCACCGAGAUAUUUUUGUGGUAAGUAUAAUGUAUCCUUAAGUGAAUGUCAAACAUGGAUCAUGCAUUGGUCUGCCACCGGCCUUAUAAGUUACAGGUAAUUCUACGGACACCCUUAAAAAGAACAGCGCGUAGUUAUCAUAGGUCGCGCAACUCCGCAAAUUCAUCUUAGAAUUAGUUAUUAAAAGGCGCCAUUCUUCACCUUCACACCUCAUACCCAUUGCUUUUUAUUAUUUAUCUAUGCAUGCCGGUCGAUUAACGAGAAAUAACAAGUUUUUGAUUUUAUUUUCAGAAUUGGCUGGCCUUUUCGGAUCUUCCCAACCCUCCCUUUUCAGAACAUAACUCGAUCUACUUUGCAAAUGAUAAACCUCCCAACAGCAGACAUUAUAAUGCCUUUUGCAAGGUCAGUAUCAGCGUUUGACCUUGAAUCCAAAUUUCAGUGAAAAAGCCGUUUUUUACCAUCUGAUGAUAGUUAUCAAAUUUUACUUUCAGACCAUUAAAGCGAAGGUGUUUAACAUGUAACAGUCUUAGCAAUGUACUUAAUACUGACAAUUCCACAGGUCACACAUUCGCUACUUCUAUACCUCACUCACCUCUAUGAUGGAGUCUAUCCAUUUGGUGUUUGUAUGCAUUGAAUAGUUUUAAGAAUUAAAUGUAAGUAUUCUGUGAAAGGAGAAUGAUAGAGCAAAAGCAUAAAAUCCAUUUGAAUGGCAAUUUCACAUUAUCAAAGGUUUAAAGUUUAGUUGCAGCCUAUGUUUCAAAGGGCUUCUUGUGCCGAGCUGAGUGAAUUCAACUAACGUUGGCCUCAAAAUCUGUUUCGUCUUGCUGUAUUUGUUUCACAGAUUUGAGCUUCUCAGUUUGGAAGUGUAUUUUAUGUAGUGCCAGCCCAGUUUAUUGUGAACGUUGAUAUGGCAUGCUUUUCCCAAAAUUUUAAACUCAAAGUUAAGAAUUAGUUCAUUCACGAUAAUCUCAAAAUCGUCAGGAAAACAAAAAGACCUCCUUUUUCAAAGGUGGCGCAAAGCCUAAUCAAAACCGAGGUUCUCAAAUUUCACUUUAUUUCCUUUUUACCCGUCUCUAGUCAAGGACACUUUAAGGUAGUAUCUAUGAACAGUAAAGUAAGAUUUAGUCAUCCAGACCUUACCAGAGGAUUCUAUCAAUACAAAAAAAAGCUGUUGGACUUGGAAGUAUUCUCUGUAGUUAUUUCUUAAUUAAUGAAUUAUCUGUCUCUACAACUUGACUAUAUAAACUAUAAAGUGAAAAAAAGAAAUAGAGGUGUGUGAAUUAGACGAUAUCUUGUUAACAAUUUCCCUUGAAGUUGAAAUAUUUUCUUUACCUUUUAUAGGAGGCAAUCUUUGCCAAAAGUUAUAACACAACGCCACACGUCUUCGUUUCUGCUUCUCACUCGACAAAAAGAGGGAAUCAAAGUCCAGUUCAUAACAGCAUAGCUGCCUGGGUAGAGGUUGGUAACUAGCAAUGUCAGGAUAUCAAAUUUCAUAUCAAAUUAAGAGUAGUAUAGUAGAGAACUAAUUAACUUUUUUGCGGACGAAUCUCGUUAUUCUGCUGAGAAAUACAUAAACACCGAUGAUGUUAUGACCUUUUGUCUUUAUUCCUUGAAUAGUAACCUGUGACUAAUCGUAAUAAUAAUAAUAAUAAUAAUAAUAAUAAUAAUAAUAAUUAUUAUUAUUAUUAUAUUCAUAAUCAUAACACAUUUAACUAGGGUAAACCUGUCAGUGAAAGCUGUUAUAAAUGGGGAGAACGAUACCAAUUUCAGCACUGAAGAAUACAGGCAACUACAACAAAUAAAGAUAAAAAUAAGUAGUUACAGGUGUAAACUGGUGCUUGGGCACCAGCGAAAAAAGUGCCUUUCUUCACAGAUUCUGUGCGUACUGUAGAAAUUAAAGUAUCUAAAUAUAGGUGGAAUCUCAUUAACAUAGGUCGUGUGCCAUUUUAAGGUGGUUUAAACGGUUUUACACUGGGGCUUUCUAGAACUUGUUAGGGAAACAAAUGCGUUGCUUUUUGAUUGGUUGACUAAAAGAAAGUAAAGUAUUCAUUUGUUGAUUCAUGCUGUCAAAGUAAUAAGCGCUAGCUGCCCUUUGAAAUGAAAUCGCUGAGUAAGUAUCCAGUUCUGCUGCGUUCAUUGCCCAACAGUUUUUUCCAGUUUAGGUUCUCUGGCUCUUGGCGAGCAAAUCGUGCGUAUUGAUGACUUCGAAGACAAACUAGCUCUUUCUAAUAACAAACCGAAUUGUUAACUUACCCGUGUCCCCCUUCUCCUUCUCCACAAUUCAGUUUUUUCGCUUCACCUUCCUUUUUUGAUUUUUCUUCCAGCACGAACACCACCACCACAGCCGCCACAACCACAUUUUCAUUGUUUUGCCGGUCCUCCUCCACCAUCACCACCACCACAUUACCAUUGUUUUCCUACCACCACCACCUUUCUAUUGUUUUCUCUCUUCCUCCACCACCACCACUGCCACCACCAAAUUUCUAGUGUUUUCCCGCCCUCACUUCCCCAUUUCUAUUGCAUUUCCAUUGUUUUCCUUACUCCACCACCACCACCACCACCACCACUACAUUCCUAUGCGUAUUUCCACCACCACCACCACAUUCCAAUGCGUAUUUUAGUACUAAUGUUUAGUGCUUUUACGUACAGUAUAUUAGCAGGAAAGGCUUUCGGGUUUGUGUCAAAGAACUGUAUGAGGCAAAAUACGACCCACUCUUCAUAUCCUACAUAGUUUUGUCAGGUAAGAACUUUACUGCAAAAAAGAGAAGAUUUUUACGGUAUAUCUUUCAAUAUUGUCUCUCAUUUGUGACUCAAUGCCGUGAUUUAUACGCACAGAUAUCUGUCCAGAUGGAUGGGAUUACUUCAAUGGAUACUGCUAUUUAACGCGCUCUGUAUGCGCACCUUGGGUGACUGCUGUGUCAAACUGUUCAGCUAUGAACUCACAUCUGGUAACAGUGCACAACCAAGAAGAAAAUGUCUACAUACAGCACCGUCACAAUGGAGAGCGAUCAUGGAUUGGCCUUAAUGACCGAAGCGUCGAGGGAUCGUUUGUGUGGACAAACAAGGAAAUAAUCAGUUUUCAGUUCUGGGCACCGCAACAACCAAACAACUUGAAAAACGAAGACUGUGUCCACGCCCUUGGUGCAGAGGAUGGCUACACUUGGAAUGACGUGUCAUGUGAUAAAUGCUAUAACUAUACUUGUGUUAAAGGCAAGUUUUGAGUCACUAUAGAAAUACUACAAAUCCAAACCUUUGUCACCAAUAACGAGGUUUGAAGAUCACUUCUGCAGUAGUGAGUUUUUAUGAUAAUUUCGUCGCCGUGUUGUUGAUCAGAAUUUCAUAAAGUCUGCAUUUUAUGCAAUUCUCUUCCAGGCAGUAGUCUAAAUAUUUAGAUAAAGGUAACCCCUGUACUUAUCACUCUCAGUUGCUCCAAAAAAAAAUUCCUCAGGUGAAUGAUAAUACUGCUACGGUGAUAAUAUGGUCUUCAUUGACUUUUGUUGUCUACUGCAGACAUUGACGAAUGCAUCAGCAAUUAUCACAGGUGUGAUCCAAACGCUGCUUGUCAGAAUACCGAGGGCUCAUACGUUUGCACUUGCAAAGCUGGAUUCUAUGGAAAUGGAAAAAUGUGCUUUGGUAACUAUUAUAACCCUUUUUUAUGUUUUCCCGACCUUUGCAUUCUGGUUGGCUGUUGAGUUAACAUAUUUGCCUUUUAAGGUAAGGAUACUAUAUUCUUCUCCAAUAUGUAUGGAUCAGAACUUACCAAUAAACUAAAAACUAACUAAGAAUUACAAUGGGCAUUCUCGGUCUUUGUUUUGACAAUUAAUUAGGCACACAGAAUAUCUGCUAAUAGCACAUUUAGUGUCCUUUCGGCUCCUUCUGGGCUCAGGUUUGAUUUUUAAUGUGAUAUAUCAUCAAAUUGAAUGGGACUCUGCGACAUGUAUAACGUAUUCUACAGACUACUCUCAACGUCUUUCUUUAGAAACCUGGUUUACUAACUUAGAACAAACGCCACUGAAUCGUAGUCGUACAAACGACUUAUUCAGGAGAUCAAGCAAAACUAACUACGAGAGAACGACUGGAGAUCUGACAAUUUGACUAACAAUAGACCACUGUUUAACUGUGACAAUAAACGGAUCGAAACGCACCAAUUACUGAUUACGAGUCUUCAAAGGCAAUAACAUCACGGCUUAACUGAGAGAUGACCAAUAACAUUGCGACGUAAUUGACCAAUCAGAUCAAUAACCAGAGUAUAAUACCAUCAACUGACGUGAUACAACUCACUUUGACUCUGAAGAUGACUACCGCACAGGUUGUCGAAACGUCAGUCACUGUCAACAACAACAGUCCUAUUCAGGACUACGUUCACCCGGACGAUCAAACUCAACCUACUUUUGAUAUAUUUUUUUCUUCAACCUGUCCAUCAGUUGUUUUAAACUUAUCAUACAUUGCCAUACGUCAAAACAAAGUAAUAAAAAAUUACCAGCGCUAGCACAUAAUUUGCUUAGGUCAGGAUUCACUGACUACUCAGAUUAUCAUUUGUUUUCUCCGUCAUUAGACAUUGAUGAAUGCAGCAACAAAACCCAUACCUGUGACGUGAAUGCAGUUUGUAGCAACACUGAAGGGUCUCACAACUGCACCUGCAAACCUGGAUACUCUGGAGAUGGGAAGAAAUGCAUUGCAGUUGGUAUGCAGCAUCCCUACAGAAUUCCUAUGAUAUUGUCUAUAAUUAUUUUAUACUGUUUAGUUCGGAAAGCUGGUUCAGUUUACGAAUAUUUUGCCUAAAUAUAGACAGUUAGGCUUAAUUUGUUAAGUUUUUAGCGCCAUUAUUCCGGGCCUGAAUUUCUUACACAGUUUCUCAUACAGCUUACAGUACAGUGUACAAAAAGUAGAUAUUAUUGUUGACUUUAUAAGUCGUAAAGUAGCCAUAUCCUACCAAAUGUAGAAUUAACACGCAGUGCUGAUGUCAUGUCUUCCAGUUCCUAAGAACUGUGCUGAACUGUACAAAGCUGGAAAACGAACAAGUGGAGUUUACAAGUUCGACCCAGACGGUGCUGGUGCCUUUGACGUGUACUGUGACCAAACAACAUCCGGUGGGGGGUGGACAGUGUUCCAAAAGAGAGUAGAUGGCUCGGUUAAUUUCUACCGCGGCUGGAACGACUACAAAAAAGGGUUCGGAAAUCUGAAUGGCGAGUUUUGGCUCGGACUGGACAAAAUUCACCGCCUGACAAAAACUAAAAGCAAACUUCGAGUGGAUCUAGAGGACUUCAACAGAAACACAGUUUAUGCCGAGUACAGCUACUUUGCGAUAACAGACGAGAGAAGCAAAUAUAAGCUGACUCUUGGAACUUACUCCGGUAAUUGUAUUACUAACUUGAUUAACGACGGAGUUCGUGGAAACGUCUUUUAACGGCCCAAGUUAAUGGUAAUGAUCAUUUGACGUUUAAGAAAUAAAGACUCACCACAGAGAUACAGCUGGUCCAACAUACAGCGAAGUAUGUAAUAAUCACAACGCUAUUAUAACAUAAGAGUAAAGCUAGUAAAUAUAAUAUGGAGCGUUAGAGUGAUUUUACUUCCACCAUGAAACGGAUUCAAUGUUUCCCACUGUUUUUAGAUCUUAACCAUUCCAUUAAAAAUCACAGUUUUGUGGAGAUGAAUUUAAGGAAAUAUCGUUUCUUCCAAUUUCAUUUUCCAGGAAAUGCUGGUGACUCGUUUAGUGGCAGGGGCUCCCCUUUCACCACUAGAGAUCAUGACAAUGACGCCUCGUCUGCUAACUGUGCUACACUUUUCAAGGGAGCUUGGUGGUAUGGAAGCUGUCAUAGUUCCAACCUGAACGGCCUCUAUCAUCGCGGAAGACACUCUUCAUAUGCUGAUGGUGUGAACUGGUAUGGUUGGAAGGGAUAUCACUACUCCGCUAAACGAGCUGAAAUGAAACUCAAACCAGUCAACUUCUAA